CUUUUUUUAUCACCGAUUUCGAACGAAAGCUAUCGUUCUUCCCCAGAAACCCUAAUGUCAUUUCUUGAAGAAUUUCAAGCCAAUUUGGAUUCACUGCCCAAUAUUCUUCAUAAGAAAUAUGCCUUGUUGCGUGACCUAGAUAAGAGUUUACAAGAUAAUCAAAGGCAAAAUGAACAGCGCUGUGAGCAAGAAAUUGAAGAUAUUCGGCGAGGAGUUAGGUCUGGAAACAUCACACCUGAUGUUUCAGUUAUUAGAUUAUCUGAUGAAGCACUUGAUGAACAAAAGCAUAGCAUCAGGAUUGCUGAUGAAAAAGUUGCCUUGGCUGUCCAAGCAUAUGAUUUGGUAGAUACACACAUACAACAACUUGAUCAAUAUCUGAAAAAGUUUGAUGAGGAGCUUCGGCGUGAAAGAGAAAAUGCUGCAAUGACUGGAGUGCCUGCUUCAAGCACAGACGGCAACAUAAAAUCUGGAAAGAGUGAAGGUGGUAGAGGAGGCAGGAAAAAAACACGGCAAACAGCAUCUGUCCAAACUGCAAUAGCAGCAGCAACUGCAGCAGCAGCAGAACUAGCCACAUCUGCAAACCCUACUGGCAUGGAUUUAGAUUUACCGGUUGAUCCGAAUGAACCCACAUAUUGCUUUUGCAACCAAGUUAGCUACGGAGAAAUGGUUGCCUGUGAUAACCCUGAUUGCAAAAUAGAGUGGUUUCAUUUUGGUUGUGUUGGCCUGAAAGAACAGCCAAAAGGAAAAUGGUUCUGUUCAAGUUGUGCAGCAACAAGAAAUCGUCGGAGAGGCAAAUGAGGCUGGCAGAAUAAUAAGAUCAAUGUUAAACUCGGUGUAUAUUCAUAAUUCAUAAUAUUUUUAUAUAGAAUAGGUAUUUUGUUUGAUUUAUCAGGGCCUUGAAGCUUUGCUUUUGUAGUUGUAUUUACUGGCAAAUUUUGAAAUUAUAAACUUCCAAAGACGUACUGUAUCA